GUAUAACAUAAACCUCACUCGUUCUAGCAAAACAAACUUUUACCUUACUAAUUUAUAUAGUUCAACAUAUAUUUAAACAAUCUGGGAAAAAUAAUGCUAUAGCUAAUAUAUUAGCUUGAAAUAAGAAAACAGGAAGACAGGUUGAAGCGAAACAUGGACACAACGCCAAUAUUUCAUCAAGGCCAAUCGGUUGCAACGGUGUGUCGUUUAUGCUUUAUGGAAAGAAAACCACACGAUCUGGAGCCGAUUUUUGAUAGUGACGAUAAUAGCGGACAUCUAAGCAAGUGGAUUGAAAAGCUCACUUCUUUGAAGAUUAUAAACAUACCAAACUCUCCAGUCUCGUUGUGCUCGAACUGCAAACACACAUUGGAAGCCUUCGAUUCGUUUCGGGAAAUGUGCCUCACCAACGAUAUUGCAUUCAAAGAAACAUUUUGUCCGAAUAAGAUUCAAGAAAGGGAGCUGACUGAUGUAUCAAUCAAAGUGGAAUUCGGUGAAGAGCAACUUUCUUUUGAACAAGCAGAUGACGUCCCAUCAACGAAACCAUCGAUAGACAUCAACCAAGCAAAGUUUCAAUAUGUAGGCAUACAUGGCCAGGAUCAAGAAAACCAAAAUGAGCAGAUCAAACAGGACAAUCAAACAGCCGAAGAGACAGAUUCAUCAGAAGAUGACUACGAAAUGCAAACCAUGGAGAAUGCUCUGCUCGUAGACUCCGGUGUUCAGAGCAAUGGAACCAACUCAAUUGCAAAUGCAACUAAACCAGAUCGAAAGAUUGUGCCGUUAUACGAAGGACGAUUUUUGUGCAACGUAUGUGACAAACAGGUUACAAAACUGCAUCACAGCACGCACAAGGCUCAGCAGUUAUUCGAAUGCUAUAUCUGUAAGAAUACAUUUAGGAAAUUUGCGAACCUUAGCAGACACAUCCACAAUCACAUAAGAAAAGAAAAGUAUCACCACAAGGAUUCCACAACGGGCAACGAUCAUCAGGAGGCAGGUCCAUCUUCAUCCAAUCAGGAGGCCGUACGUAAUGGAGCGGACAUUCUGAUGGACCGAGAUUAUGAGUGUAAAAUGUGUAACAAAACUGUAUCGAGUCUACAUGCGUUGAACCACAAGCCAGAAGGAUUCCGGUGCCCCAUUUGUGAGAGUUUGUUCCAGAGAUUCGAUUGUUUCGGCCGACACGUCCGGUGUCACAAAAGUAAGGGGAAAUACGCUUGCGACAUUUGCAGAAUGAGGUUUCCCAGUACUUAUAGAAUGGGAAGACACAGGCGGCUACAUUUUGGAAAUAAAUCAUGAAGCAAGCUAGCGAUUGCUUAUGUCCGUUUCUUUAUGUGAAAGCCAUUUUCUAGUCAUUCCAUAUGGUGGUAUCUACCACCAACAAGCUAUACAUCGGUACCGUGACGUGGGGUCUUUCCCACGGAACUACGAAAGUGGGUGCAGUUGAAUCACGACUGUCACUUGCGUUCGAUGCAUCCAACACAACAUAACUCCUUCUCGACGUAUCGCACGAUCGUAUGCUCUCCCCUUUCAAAUCCCUCUGCCCUUUCAGCUUCAUGUACUUUACGUUUACAGCGACUAGCGUACUGUAUACCUACAUUCAUAAUUCAGGCCAAACAUGUCUAAAGGUCCUAUCUGCAGAAGAGAGGCUCUCUUUGGUUUCCCUCUCUUUCGUUAAUAUCUCAGCUGUUUAUUUGUAUUAUGAUUGUCUCCUUGCAUUGAACGAUGGUCAAAACAAUCGUCUUUUGAUUUCUACUGCAAACAUAGUUAAAAAGUGUACCAUUACAUUGCAAUAAUUGCAAGAGAAAGUGAACAAAGAGAGCCUCUCAAAUGCAGAUAGGACCUAUUGAAAUGUUUGGCCU